AAACUUGUAAAAUGUAUUAUUUGUCAAACGUGUAUACAAUAAAUUAUAAAUAAACAAAAUUAAGAGGUUAAAUUCUUCCGCGCUAAAAAUACCAUUAAGUUUAGUAUUUUUUAUAGUCAUAUGGUCACCCUGAAUAUAACGAUCCUUUUUUUUAAAGAUUUUAAGUUUUAGAUUUCAAAACCAAAUUAUUUAAAAGAAAAAAACGAUUGCUUUCACUUUCGAGCUUUUAAGCUUAAAGACUUUCCGCAGUACAUACAUUUUUGGCUACCAUUUUUUGACUUGAAUCUUUGCCAAUUUUUAUUUGUCAAGGUUUCUGCAAGCUCAAUUCUUUUUUGUCGGCUGGAUACGUGACUAUGUAGCCUGAGAUGGAACAGAUCCAGUCCAAAGUAUGUCAGACGAACAAGGUGCGUGUCCGGCAUACUAAAGUGUGGAUUUGACGACUCAAUAUAAAACAGUGGACGCCCAAAUCUUUGCACUGCAGUUUCAAAUGCACCGCUCGUCAAAAUGCUGGCAAAGGUUUUAACAAUAAUAGCGGUUGCUGCCAUCGUUAAAGGUGCUCCUGAACCACCGAUUCGACGGGUUGCUCCUUAUGCUCCAGCCGGUUGGAAGCCAACGAUUCCUUUUAAUUUACCAAACGAGCUAUUCCCUCCCGGCCGUUCCAAUGUGCGUGUUGAAAUAACUAAACAACGCGUGGAAGAAGUGACACCAGUGGAUAAGCCCGAGUCGAAUUAUCUGCCACCGGAAAAACCGGACGUUUCAGAGGAUCCAAUCCUGCCCGUUUCUCUUCCAGCUAACCAGUACGGUCCUCCAGAUCCAGGCUUUAGAAUUGUUUAUCCCGAUGAAUCAUCUAAUUCCCAUGAGUCUGACGAAACCCCGCAGCCGAAUAUCAGAGAAGGUCGUUACUUCAUUAUCUCGAAGGAUAAUAAGUUGCAAAGAGUCACAUUUAGCUCACAGCAAGUAGGAGACGAUGAGGACUUUACAGCUCAGCUAAGCUAUGCAACUGUGGGUCAACUCAAGGAUCCCGUUUAUAGAUACAACAAUCAAGGACAAUUGGAGAGAGUCCUUAAGUAAAAAACAGUUUCUGUUUUCUUUUUUGACUUUGUUUUAUACAAAAAUGCUUCUUUAUUCAUUUAAUAAUUAUUAAAUAUACACAAAAAUCUCAUAUGUUCGUUUCACUUUCGAAUUUUCCGUUUUCAUUUAAAAACUAAAUACAAUCCUUAUGCAUGUAUGUAUGAAUGCGUAAUGGUCACGUGUGUGUGAGUGAGUUGUGUGUUUGUGUGUGUGCGUGGACUAACACAAAAUGAAGGCGCUUAAACAAAACAAAACGGCAAUAGUUCCAGGCAUAGAGAUGGGAGGUUCAGGAUACAACUGAAACAGAAACGGAAACGGAAAGGAACACGCCUGUCUAUGGCAAAAUGGCGGCUGUCCCA